GUAAUCGGAGUAUUAGAGUAAUCGGAGGUUUACUAUACCAUUCUUUAAAUGUUUUUUUUCUUAUCAAUAUUAACUUGCAAUGUCUUGUCAGACAAGGAUUCAAAAGCAUAACAUUUACAUUGUUUAAAAAAUAAGUAAAUAUAGACUGUAUAAUAACAUGUAUUACCAUUCAAUGGUUUUUCAAUUUAUUCAAAAAAAAUUCUGCAGUGCCGGAUGGCGUCGGGUGGGUGAAAAGUGUAGGAGUCGAGAAACUUCAUGAUAGUAAAUAACGACGUUACUGUAUUUCUGUCUUAGCUACCAGAAACUCACACUACGAAACUGUCAUUUUUCAUUCAAACAUGCCUCGGAAAAAGCCAUUCAGCACUAAACAGAAGAAGAAACAGAUGCAAGUGAAACGGGAAAGAAAGAGAGGUGAGCCAGGCUCAGGGCCCAGCAGCCGUAAUGCCAGUGUGGAGCGGGGGAUGGACAGGGAGAGGCAGUCGGACACCUCAGAUAGCGAAACCACAGAUGUCAGGAGGAUAAACCAGCAGCCCGGCAUCAGGGAGGGCAGAUACGAUCCCAAUAGGUUCCGUCUGCACUUUGAGAAGGAGAGCAGAGAGGAGGUGGAGAGGAGGAAGAAGCUUGCCAGAGAGAAGGUUCUGGACCAGAUGUUAGACAAAGACCUGGAGGUUGACAUCAACGACAUCUACCCCACAGAGAAAGGUCUUGAGUUUCCGCGSCGACCUCCGUGGAAYUAUGGGAUGAAUCGUGAGGAGCUGCUGARGAAAGAAGAGAAGUCAUACCGGGAAUAUCUGAACGACCUGCACUCCAGAAACCCACCUGGAUCCCUCAGCCACUUUGAGCACAACCUGGAGACGUGGAGACAGUUGUGGAGAGUGUUGGAGAUGUCCGAUGUGAUCCUGCUCAUCGUGGACAUCAGGCACCCGGUGCUGCAGUUUCCCCCAGCGCUGUACCACUACAUCACUGGGGAGCUGCAGAAGCAGGUGGUGAUGGUGCUGAACAAAGCUGACCUGUGUCCCCCUCCCCUGGUGCUGGCCUGGACACACUACCUCCAUACACAGUUCCCCCACCUCCACUGUGUCUGCUUCACAUCACACCCCGGCCAGCCAUACAGCACAGUGCUUCAGAAGAAGAGGAUGAGAAAAAAGGGUACAUGUGGGUGGGGACAUGCUGGAGGCCCCACCCACAUCCUGAAGGCGUGUCAGGAAAUCACAGCAGGAAAAGUGGACCUGUCCAGCUGGGAGAAGAAGAUCCAGAGAGAUGCGGUUGCUAUGGGACCAGAGGGAGAGCAGUCAGAGGGGGCGGACUCUGUGCUAGUGGAGCACCAGAGUGAUGUUGCCAUGGAGAUGAGCAGCCCCUCCCAGGAGCUGUAUAAAGAUGGCGUACUCACGCUGGGCUGUAUAGGCUUCCCUAACGUGGGGAAGUCAUCAGUAUUGAACAGUCUGGUAGGUAGGAAGGUGGUGAGUGUGUCUCGAACCCCCGGCCACACCAAAUACUUCCAGACCUACUACCUCACACCCACUGUCAAACUGUGUGACUGCCCUGGACUGGUCUUCCCUUCACUAGUCAACAAACAACUACAGAUCCUAGCUGGUAUCUACCCAGUGUCUCAGCUGCAGGAGCCCUACAGUUCUGUGGGUUAUCUGUGUGAGCGGACCCCCUUCCUGUCGGUGCUCAAGCUCCGGCACCCCAGCGUGGAGGGCCCACAGCAUGCACCCAAGGGGGGGGAGAAGGAGAGGGAGCAGGGGCCCGAGCACAGCUGGACAGCCUGGGACGUGUGUGAGGCCUGGGCAGAGAGGAGGGGUUAUAAGACAGCGAAGGCAGCUCGUAACGACGUGUAUCGGGCGGCUAACAGUCUGCUGCGGCUGGCCGUUGACGGCAGGCUGUGUCUGUGCCUCAGACCACCUGCAUACAACGAUCAGAGAGAGCAGUGGGAGUCCCACCCAGACCUGGCAGAGAUCAUCGCUCUACAGGGACGGAGGGAAGAGGAGGGAGCAGGAGAGAGGGAUGAGGAGGAGGAGGGAGAGUCCAGCUCUGAGCCAGAGGAGGAGAGGGAUAGGGACGCUGAUGAUGAUGAGGAUGAUGAAGAUGAAGGGUUUGGACACCCGGCAGUGAAGGAGAGGAAGGGGCCAACCAGCCUCACAGUCAACAUGUUCGAUGUCCUCCGGGAAAACGAGUGCGAGUGAGGGACAAGGGAAGAAAUAAUGAAUUUAAAAAACAAAGUGCUUGAUCUCUCCCUCUACACUCACUGCACCUUCAUUCCAUUUUCCUUUCCUUGACUUGCAUUCCUUUAACAUUCUGACUCAACUCUUCUUUCCUCUACUCUCUCUCUCCCCAACCCCUCCCUCUCCCAGAGGUUACUAAAAGCACUCUGAUAUUGUAAAAACAUUUUCUUUCUCCAUGCUGUGCCUCUGCUCUGCUUGUACACCCAUGCAGCUGUACUUAGACUGCAUUUAGACAAGCAGCCCAAUUCUGAUAUUUUUUCUACGAAUUGUUCUUUUGACUAAUCACAUCCUAUCUUUAUCACAGCUGAUUGGUCAAAAGGCCAAUUGGUGAAGGAAAGAUCAGAAUUGGGCUGCCUGUCUAAACUUGUAGGAUUACAUUUGGUUUGGUUUUUAUCAUUUUCCUGCAUGGAGGAUUUUACUAUUAUUAUUUCCCUUAAAGCUGGUAGGGGCAUUGUGGUGUAUUAAUCAUUGAUUGGUUUUCAAUCUGUUUUAUUGAUAAGUGGCCUCACAGUUGAGAUGCCAAAGGUCAGAUAAGGUCAUUAGACCCUAGAAAUGGAAUGGCUUGAACUGUGACAGGGUUAUGGAUUCCACCUCAUGUUGACGGUCACACAGUCUAAAUGGGGAUUAGACAGUGAUAAUGAUGUCAUCCACAUGGGACUACUAUUUGGCUGCCAGUGCAGAUAUAUGACAUCACUGUCUAAUCCUGGUUGAUUUCACUGUAUACGACGGUAUGAUAGUACCUCGGUAGGGUGGUGAUCCAUUCCAUGCUGCUUUCAGUGGUAAUAAUCAUUGUUGAACCCAUUUUAUAUGGUUCUACCCAAUUCAGUGUUAUAUUUUAGUGUCUACUAGGGGCAGUGAUCUUCAAUCCUGGUGCAGGAGACUCACAUUGGACUGAAACAAAAGCCUACACACCUUGUGGGUCCCCAGGACCAGACUUGAAAACAUCUGAUUGGGUUUAAAGACCUGUUGUUGUGGACUAUAUAUGUAGUGUUUGACCUACUACAGAAGAAAACAGAGCCACUCACGUGCAGCACUGUAUCAUGCAACGCUGACUGACUGACUCACUUGAGAGAGAGUUUGGCCACCAAAAAGCACUCUGAUGUUCUGAGAUAGUAUCACAUGGUUCCAUAGCAGCCAAUAUUGACCAAUACAGUAACGGUCCUGUUAAUGAUCCUAAAUUAUGCCAGCUAUGCAAACCAGCUGAGUAGCUAGAAUUUAGAACGAGAGUCUAAAUACUGGAAGAAUGGAACGACAUUAAUGUUGGUCAAACUUCCAUCUCUAUCUCUCUAUGGCUCUGUUCUAAUGUUACAAUCUAUCAGGGCUGGAUUAUAGUGUGCUGUUGCCUACUGUUAUACCUCAUUGUUCCUGUUCUACUGUAUUACAUGUCACUGAGGGAACACUACAGCACAGUGCUGUGUUACCGUGUAACAACAUGCACUGUUCUGGUCUAUACCAAUGGCACACUUAGAAAUAUACACACUAGGGCCAUUCGUUUUUCCUAUCUGUGUGACAUCAGGAAAAACUCUGGGCCGUAGUGUGUCUAAGCAACAAGUAGGGACCCAGCAGUUAUUCCUACCCACGUGACCAGGAAAAACUCCUGUCCCUAAUACACACCACUCUGGUUUCCGAUAUGGAGAUAGAUGUGUUAAUGCUCUUUGUUUGAAUGAUUAAAACAGACUUGUGAGUGUUUGGAUUGUGUAUUUGCUGCAUUCUUUAUUUCAUUCCUGGUAUGCUCAAAUGACAAUGAACUGGACUGCUCUCUGCAAUAAAGAUAAUCCAUGGAA